CCCAAAAAAAAAAAAAAAUUCGGUUUCUUUCCGAUCGAACACCCAAAACCCUAGCGUACGACAAACUGGAAAAGGUGCUUAUAUGAAGAUGGGCAGUGGAGGCGGCAAACCCAAAGAAGAGGAACAAGAUGGCGCAUCUGUUCAUUCUCCAUGCAAAGCUCCUCCUUCCUCUGCUUCUUCUUUACCCAAGGAGCCAACGCAGGUCGAGUUGGAGCUGAGACUGUUACAGGGUCUUCAAAUUUAUUCUCCAAAAAAACUACAAGGCAUUCAUCGCCACUUUGUUAUAUAUGGUCUGAUGGAAUAUCUGCGCAGGAGUUUUGACCGAUACUUCUCUUCUGAGGAAGUCCUGCAAUUGCUGGAUCGGUUUUACAAUUUAGAAAUGCUGAAACCAGAUGAUGAAGAGAUGGAAUUGCUAAACCGUGAACAAGUCUUCUCCUUGCCUCCAAGUUAUCAUGUCAAGGAAGAUACGGACUAACAUUUUUGGAGUAUGUAUAUCUUUAUAUUUGGCAGUUGUUCGGCAUUGGAUGUGUACAGCUGGUUUUUCCAUUCCCUCAAUUUUCGGCUAUAUCACAUUUUGGGGACAAAGGCUCUUAUAAAGUACAGGCUGCACUCUAGAGGCUAAAAUGUAGAAUAAAUAACUGUUUUAUGGAAAUUUUUAAUGGAUAUGAUCUGUAUAUGAUACUGGAAAUAUCAUUAAUGUAAUCACCUGUACUUAAUUUUUUAAGUGGUUUCUGUUUGUCUCGUC